UCGACAGUCCCUGCGGUGAUUAUCGAUCGGUAACAGUAUCAGUACGGUGGCCGUGUUCGGUCACAGUGGUCUCAGUCAUGGAGGGGGUGACUGUGGGCCAGGUAUUUGACGCGGAGUGCAUCCUCAGCAAACGGCCCAGAAAGGGAAAGUUCGAGUAUCUGGUCAAGUGGAGAGGCUGGUCGUCUAAGCACAACAGCUGGGAGCCCGAGGAGAAUAUUUUGGAUCCACGGUUAUUGGCGGCAUUCCACAAGAGAGAACAAGAACGGGAGCUGCUGUUCCAAAAGAAAGGAAAGAGGCCAAGAGGGCGUCCACGGAAGAUUCUGCCACCUGCACCAGCCUCCACAAAGAACAACCGUUCUUCCUCCUCCUCUUCCUCUGGCCUUUCAUCGUCCGCCUCAUCCUCUUCUUCAGAGGAUGAAGAUCACACAAAGAAGGCAAAACCCAGUCCUCGCCUGCACCCGGUCCCACAGAAAAGACCCCAGAUCCUGCUGGCCAAACCCGAUCCAUCCCGCAAGAAGAAGCGUGGGAGGAAGCCACUCCUCCCUGACCUGAGAGCUUUAAGACAGGCGAAGAGCAGGCCGACACCUUCACUACCUCCGCGCCACCACCAUGUGCUCAAAUUGCACCGGGACCUGCCGAGGGAGGAUCCUCGGUCCAGUGUCAAGAAGCCCUUGCAGCCGGCCAGUUUCACCUACACCGGGCUGGGCCGGGCUUCCAGGGAUGAUGGGCCGUCCGUGUCCCAGAGUUCUGCCAGCUCAUUCUCACAAGGGCCUCCUUCCAAACCUGGAACACUUAACUGCGUUUGGGCCAAUCGUUCUUUAUCCGGCUCAUCUCAAUCCUCAUCAUCCUCCCACAGCAAAGCCAGUCCACCCCUGCAGAGUAAGAACUCUCUGACUGAGCUGAAGCGCUCUGUCUCCGAGACGAGCAGCAACAGAGGAGACGCCUUCAAGGUGUUGCCUCAGAAACAUGGUUCUGGCUCAGGUUCGUUGGGCUUGAAUAACAGCUACGGAAGAGGCCAGGCGGCAGUCCAGCGUCAGGCUUGCCUGGGCCAACACAAACAGCAGAACUCCAGCUUUUCCAAACCAUUACCCUCGCUAACCUCACGUGAGCGGAGCGACCAGGCGCUCAGCCUCAGAGCACUGAACCUGCAGAGUGUCAACAAACCCGUAAACCUUCAGGGAAACAGCACAAGCGGUGCUGCAGCAGCAUCCGCCAGGCUAAGCUUAAGGAGCGGCAGCGGGGUCAGUGGCAUCAAAAUGGGGAGUAACAAAGAGACUCGAACCUACGCAGGCGGGCAGCGCUGUGGCCUGGCAGCAGGUGACAGCGGAGAUCAGGUGAAACUGAGAGAAGCAAAGGAACUGUUACGCGAGGCUGAGCGAGACGGUAAAGGAGGCGGGAAGAAACUCAGCUCGCAAAAUCGAAGCCUGAAUGAGCUCAGCACCGGCGACUCCGAAACCAGCAGCAGCGAAUCAGAACACGACGCCUCCCUCUUUCCCGACAGCAGGCCCUGCCUUGAUGCCAGUGUAACCAUGUCAGACACGGAUCUAGAAACGGAUUGGCGGCCGACCCGGAGCCUUUUGGAGCACGUGUUUGUCACAGACGUCACAGCUAACUUCAUCACGGUGACAGUGAAGGAGUCGCUGACCAGCGUCGGUUUCUUCAAUUCCAGAAAUCACUGAUGAUGAGCGACGCCGUACUCAGCAUUGCUGAUCUGGAACUGAACUAGCAGUGAUGAAACUCCUGCCACCAGAGAGUCCGAGCUAGACCUUAGUCUUUUUCAUUUGGAACAGGAACGUUGUGCCGUCAGCUAUUUGACAGUUUCUGUGAUGAGGGGAAAAUCUCGCUGAAUGUAAACUCUGUCCAAUCAAAGAUGUAACGUGUUGACAGUGAAACAUCGUCGGUAUCCAGAUGGUAUUUACACCACAAA